AUCGAUAAAUCCCGAAUAAACAAUCAUGUCUGGACGUGGUAAGGGCGCUAAAGCCAAGGGUAAGGCAAAGAGCAGAUCAUCCCGUGCAGGACUUCAGUUCCCCGUCGGUCGUGUCCACCGAUUCCUCCGCAAGGGAAACUAUGCCCAGCGUGUUGGUGCCGGAGCCCCAGUCUACCUAGCCGCUGUGCUCGAAUACUUGGCUGCUGAAAUCCUCGAGUUGGCUGGCAACGCCGCCCGCGACAACAAGAAGACCCGUAUCAUCCCCCGUCACUUGCAGCUCGCCAUCAGGAACGACGAGGAGUUGAACAAGCUUCUUGGAGGAGUCACCAUCGCCCAGGGUGGUGUUCUCCCCAACAUCCAGGCUGUUCUUCUGCCUAAGAAGUCUGCUAAAUCAUCCAAGUAAAGAGUUCUCUUUGCUGGUGUCAACCAAACGGCUCUUUUCAGAGCCACCACAAAUUCAAGAAAGAACAAAAUCGUAUUUAGUCUCGUAUUUC